AUGGCAGAUGUGAAAGAGAAGUCUGCGGCCGCCAAGAAGAGCGUGGACGGUUGUGUUGGGUGGUGGACGAGGCUAAGAGGAUACCUCACUUUCAACAGGGAGCUGGUGGCCAUUAAGAUCAUCCUCUUUCUCUUCUACUGCGGUCAGAGUGCCUACCUGCCCUACUUGACCCUCCACAUGCAGGUUCUGGGUCUGACUGUAAAGGAGAUCGCCAUUGUCUACAGCUUCCUGCCUAUUGCCUCUCUCCUGGGUCCUCUAACCUCAGGCCUCGCUGCGGACGCUUUGGGGAAGUACAAGUCUGUGAUGGUGGUGAACACGGUGUUGACAAUAGUGUUACACGUGUCUCUCCUGUACGUCCCGGCCCGCCCGGUCCCCAACCUGGCUCUCACCUGCGGCCCCGACCACCACACAUUGACCUGGGCCGCCUGCGAUCUCUGCCACCAGGACCGCAACCACACCCAGCUGGAACUGACACUCAAGGACUGCAGGUUCCACUGUGAGGCGCCCCCGCCGGAGGAGGAGGAGGAGGAGGAGCUGCAGGUGUGUCUGGGCGUCGACCACCUCACCCACUGCCUCCCCCUCAACACCACUAACCAGAUGCAGCUGAACGGGACGGUAUUAUCGUGGCGCGAGGACGAUAGAUGCAGCCACAGAUGGUACGACCUAGUCUAUGAGGGCCAGGUGUUCCAUACCCUCACCUGCCCGUCUCGGUGCCAAGUGGAGUGCCAGGUGGAGGGACUUCUCUCCUGUGGCCAUCCCGACGACCCCACCAAUAACCCCCACACCUUCUGGAUCUACUUCUGGUUGAGAAUGGCUGCUAUGUUCUUCAUGGCGUCAGCCUUCUCCAUGUCUGAUGCGACGACGCUGGCCCUCCUGGAGCAGCAUGGAGGUGAUCUGGGCGUGCAGCGCCUCUACGGCGUUGUGGGCUUGUCUCUGGGACCGCUCUUCUCUGGCAUCCUCAUCGACAAAUUCAGCCCAGACCCUGGAUCGCCGGACUACUCUCCAGGGUUCUACAUUGGGGGGAUCCUCGUUCUUCUCUCCAACAUUCUGGUUUCCAGACUCAACUUCACGGUAAAGACUGCGGGAGAGAACGUGAUGAAGAACCUAUUCAAGCUUCUUUGCCGGAUUGAGAUCGACGUCUUCCUCCUGAUGGUCCUGGCUCAAGGGGCCAGCUGGGGCUUUAUCGAGAGCUUCCUGUUCGUCUUUCUCAAAGAGCUGGGCGCCCCCACAUAUCUCUUAGGUCUGACUAUAACGGUGGGGAGCCUAGGGGGCGCUCCUCUUCUACUGGUCCUCGACCGCGUGAUUGACAGGAUGGGUCGCCCCAUCGUCUUCAUAUUCUCAUUCUUCACCUACGCCGUCAGACACUUCGGGUACUCCUUCAUCAAAGAUCCGUGGUUGUCGAUGCCGUUCGAGCUUCUGGAGGUGGUGACGAAUCAGUUGAUGUGGCUGGCUGUGCUGACCUUCUGUCCCAUCCUGGCGCCCAGAGGCCUCCUGGCGACCAUGACGGGGAUCACAGGUUCCAUCCAUUACUCCCUCGGUCGUGGAGUUGGGUCCCUGCUGGGCGGGUUCCUCAUCAGUCAGUAUGGCACAGUCAACACCUUCAGGAUCUUCGGGGGCAUCUCCCUCGGCUGCGGCGCCCUCUAUGCUCUCGUCCACUUCACCUUCCUCAAGAACAAGAUAGCAGAGAGGGAGGCAAGUUAUAAGGAGCAAAAAGAACUAGAGGAGGAGGAGGAAGCCAUGUUAGAUAAAGUCUACAACACCACGGUCAAGCCAAUUUCAGACAUCCAUACCGAGGCAGAUACCAGCUGCUAAGAACAAUUACCACACCAUUUGUUUAUGAACUACACCCCCAACAUGACUGGGAAUUUCACGUCAAUCCAUUCGUGUGCGGUAUAUUCAAUAGCACAUAUAUAUAUGCGGCAAAGGCAUAUCUCCCCAUUUUGGAUGGGUAUUUAUGAAAAACAGACGAAAACGCAGCAUGUUGACAAACAAGUUUAUACCGAAUUUUCUAAUAAUUUAGCGAAAUUAACAAAUUCUUUGCGGUUGUCAUUCCAGAAUCAUGAAUAUUCUUACAUGCAGACCCUACGAUGGAAAAAUUAAACGUGUGGGGGUAACGAGAAAUAAGUGUAACUGGACAAUUUGUGGGCCAUCCCAAUCAUAUUAUCACUUCAAUCCUUUUUAGUUAAAAUCAGUUAUGUUUAAGAAAUCCACAUUGGAGGCUAUUAGAAGCACUACGAUUUCCACGACUGCAAUGUCCAUAGCGUCUAAGUACUGGGUCAUCAGUUUGGUGUUGGCAAAUUAUUCAGACACGCGUACAAGUUACAGAUCUAGUUUGAUCACAAUUUUGUAUUUCAAAUAAUUGAAGUCCUGUUUGCUCUUUUAAUUUAAUAUUUUAUACAGGGUUUUUUUUAUUGUAUACUUUAGAUAAGUUUGUAUUAAACACAUACUUCCA